AUGGUCAGAAUCACCACUCCGGCCCAAUCGGACGAUGGAUUCGACGUAAUCUACGACGUCGAAGCCGUGAGUGACGCGCAGGCUUUUGAUCCUACCGUUGGUCAUGCCGCUCAGCAGCUGUCGGAGCAGUCCAUCGAGGACUUCUAUCGCGGACCCGACAGUGCCAAGGGAGAGCAGAGUGGCAAUCUGGUCAACGAUGGACUGAAGUACACAAAGUCCAUGUACAACAAGUUCAUGAGCAAGGACGCCCUCAUCGCCGUCAUGGGCAUGACCGGCUCUGGAAAGACAACGUUCAUAUCAAAGGUCACCGGCCGGACUGAUCUCCAGAUCGGACACGACCUCACAUCAUGCACUCGAGACAUACAAGUCAUCGAGACGAAGCUGGACGGACAGACAGUCCGCUUCGUCGACACGCCAGGCUUCUCCGACACGAACCUCUCCGACACAGAAGUCCUCCAGAUGAUCGCCGACUACCUGGCCGUGGCCUACAAGCAGGAGAUGAAGCUCUCGGGCAUAAUCUACCUGCACCCCAUCUCCGACAACCGCGUGACCCACCACACGACCAAGAACCUCGAGAUGUUCCGCAAGCUCACGGGCGAGAAGAACCUCAAGAACGUGACCCUCGCGACGACCAUGUGGGACAGGGUCCCCGAGGAGGAGGGCCUCAGGCGCGAGGACGAGCUCAGGUCCAAGUUCUGGAAGCUGCUGCUGGCCAUGGGCGCCAAGACGGCGCGGCACCACCACGACAGCCCGGACUCGGCGCGGCGCAUCGCCUCGGGGCUGCUGGGCAACAAGCCCUUCUACCUGCAGCUGCAGGAGGAGAUGGGCAAGGACAACAAGGCGCUGCGCGACACGGCCGCGGGCCGCGAGGUGAUGCUCGAGCUGGCGCGCCUCAAGGAGGAGCACCGGCGCGAGCUGGCCGAGAUGGAGGGGGUCAUCCGCUCGUCGGCCGAGGAGAGCAGGACCGUCAUCGAGGCGCUGCAGGAGCACUACCAGGGCCGGCUGGGCGAGCUGGAGAAGACGCUGCGGGACGAGAGGCGCAUGAACGAGGAGGCGGUGCAGUCGCUCACGGACCGGAUCAAGGCGCUCGAGAACAGGGGCAUGGGCUGCGCUAUUAUGUGA